GCGUCGGUAGCCAUUUCAGACCGGGGAACAAAGCCUAAAGGAGUUCUUGCUUCAACAGUGUUUGGACGGAACCUCUUACAUUUUGUUCCUGCAUUUUCUUUGAGCCGAGCAGCCUGCGUCCCAGAGAAAUUUCAAUCCUGCUUCUACUUGAACACUACUAAAGAAGUCGACGUACAGCUUUAUUUUUCUACAUUUUUUCGUUAAGAAAAACCAGCUAAGAUGGAAUCCCAGGUGCGUCAGAACUACCACCGCGACGUUGAGGCUGCCAUUAACAAGAUGGUGAACAUGGAGCUGUUCGCCUCCUACACCUACACUUCCAUGGCCUUUUACUUCAACCGCGACGAUGUGGCUCUGCCAGGCUUCUCCCACUUCUUCAAGGAGAACAGUGGUGAGGAGAGGGAGCAUGCUGACAAGCUGCUGUCCUUCCAGAACAAGAGAGGGGGGCGCAUCUUUCUCCACGAUGUCAAGAAACCUGAGAAGGAUGAAUGGGGCAGUGGCCUGGAGGCCAUGCAGUCUGCCCUGCAGCUUGAGAAAAAUGUCAACCAGGCUCUACUGGAUCUGCACAAGCUGGCCUCCGAUCAUGUCGAUCCACAUCUGUGUGACUUCCUGGAGACCCACUACUUAAACGAGCAGGUGGAGGCUAUCAAGAAGCUUGGUGACCACAUCACCAACCUGACCCGCAUGGAUGCCAAAAACAACAAGAUGGCAGAGUACCUGUUUGACAAGCACACCCUGGAAAGCAAAAGCUAAACGCCCAGAAUUAAACGUGGACUAGACAUCUUUAACAGAGGCUUCAUGCUAAACCUGAAUUUACUCUAUUGUUUCAGAAGUAUUUCUUUGACCUAGACUAAUCAGUUUCUGAAGUAGUUGGUCCUAUUGUAACUUUGCUUUGAUUCUCUGAAUAAACAUUUUGAGCUGGA